AUGUUGGACUCAGAAAUUCAUGAACUCAGCGACGGGAAGCAAGAAGGCGUGCAGAAAGGGUCUAAGAAACUGGCGGAAUUGAAGGCGUUGAGAGGCAGCACCAAAGGCAACGUCAUGCGCAUAAAAUCAAUGAUUUUGAAAAAAGGGUCAAGUUUGUCAACAGAAGAAUUUAACUGCAGGCUUAGUUUGACAGAAAAUUACUUCAAACAGUUUCUGAGUGUGCAAGCAGAUAUCGACAAACUAAACCAAGGUGCAGAUACUUCUUCAAGCGAAGCAAUUACAGCAGAAGUUGAAGAUGCAUUUGUGGCCACGAAAGCAAAAAUAAUGAGUUUACUAAAAAAAAGAAAGCUAUCACUGGUAGAUGUCAAUGCAACGAAUACAACAUCGUUAUUGCCGGGCUCAAGAAUUCGUUGGAAAGUAAAAUUACCGAAAUUUGAAGGGAAGUAUAGCGAAUUUCCGAAACUUAUAGCCAUGUUUAAUAAAUUAAUUCACCAUGAUGAAAUGUUUGAUGACUGGGAACGAUUUGUGAUACUUAAAGAGCACAUGGGCUCUAAGCCGCUGGCAGCUAUUGACGAUUUUGAUGUCACAGAGGACAAUUACCCCAAAGCACUCGAUCGAUUGAAGGAAUGCUUCGAUAAAAAGGCGUUGAUAAAUGUAUUAAAUGCAGCGAAUGCACAUCUGAAUGCAAUGCUAUCAUUAGGUGAUUACAAAGAUAUAGCGAAUGCCAUGUUAAUUCAUUUGGUGAUGGAAAGAGUGGACGAAGAUUCACAGGUCAAAUGGGAAGAAUCAGUGGAUUACAGGAAGCUGUCAACUUGGAAUGAAUGUUCAGCGGUUUUGACGAGGCGAUGUGAGAACCUGGAUGUAAGGGAACAUAAAGUUAAUCAAGUGAAUUCAAAGGCUGUAAACUAUCAAAAAGAGUAUAGAAAUAACCGCAACUACUCAACCUCUCUUGCAGUUACAAAACCUUUAUGUGAAGUCUGCAAUGGCAGUGGCCACGAUAUUGCAGAUUGUAGCAAGUUUAGAAAGCUUUCCUUAAAAGAACGCUUUAUCGUAGCACGGAGAAUAAAGGUAUGUUUUACAUGUUUGAAAAGGGGACACCUUCAAAAAGAAUGCUCUGCUGUUAAAUGCUCGAAAUGUAAUUUAUCUCAUCAUCAGCUUUUACAUAAAGAUUAUGUCUUGGAGCCAAAUGAACAAAGAUGCAAAAAUUGGCCAUCUACGUCAACACAGGAGACAGCUCAGUCAUCAGUUAUGAACGUAAUGACUGAAAACGAGGUUUUUUUUGCAACAGCCGAAGUAAUGGUAGCGGACAAGUUUGGCAAAUAUCACCAAAUGCGAGCCAUAUUAGAUUCUGGCUCUCAAGUAAAUUUGAUGUGUGAGAAAGUUGCUCAAAAACUGUUAUUAAAAAAAACGUCUUGUAAAUUAGAUGCUAGCUGUAUUGGAGACGUUGUAACUAGCUUUAAAACAAAGACUGUGGCUACCAUCAAAUCAAGAAUAAAUGAGUUCGAAGUCAGUCUGCAAUUUUAUGUUUUACCGAAAAUAACAAGCUCCAAACCUAAUCGUUAUGUUAAUGUUGCGGACUGGAAUUUACCAAAAAAAUAUUCAAAUGGUUGA